ACUUAAAACCUAAUUAAAAAAGACGAUUUUGGGUUUGAAAUCCAGCCUAUCGAAGAAGAGCCGGAAGAGAGAUUUCUUCAAAACGUUUUUUCUUCUCCGAAACAGGUAAACUGGAAGGAGGGGGAGGAAGAGGCGAUGGAUGGUACUCGAGAAGAAGAUGAUUUAGGCUUCGAGGACAUGGGGUUGGACGCCCGCUUGAUUCGAACCCUUGCAAAAAAGAAUAUUACAAAACCUACUCCUAUCCAGCUUAAAGCUAUUCCUUUAAUUCUGGAAGGGAGUGAUGUUGUUGCAAGGGCAAAAACUGGUUCGGGGAAGACAUUUGCAUAUCUUCUUCCGUUGCUUCAAAAAUUGUUCUCAUGCAGCGACAAAAUUAAGAGUGGUCCAAGUGCAUUUGUCCUUGUCCCAACCAGAGAGCUUUGCCAGCAGGUUUACACGGAGAUCUCGUCUCUGCUGGAGCACUGCAAAGGUUCUUCGAAAGUUGUUCAAUUGACUAGCAGCAUGUCCAUCUCCAAUCUGAGGACUGCUAUGGUUGGGCCACCAGACAUUGUAGUGGCAACACCAUCGUGUAUUGCAACUUGUAUUGCAGAGAAAGUUUUACAUGUUUCCUCUAUCAAGGAGUCACUUUCAACAUUAGUUUUGGAUGAGGCAGAUCUUCUUUUAUCAUAUGGCUAUGAAGAUGACCUGAAAUCUUUGGUUCUUCAUAUUCCGUAUCGUUGUCAAUGCCUUUUGAUGUCUGCAACUACCAGUGCAGAUGUGGAGAAGAUAAAGAAUCUUAUGCUUCACUGUCCUGUGGUUCUGACACUCACUGAAGUGGAGGAAAGCCUGGAUAAUGAAAUUGUUCCCAAAAGUGUGCGGCAAAUUUGGAUUGCAUGUGAGGAACGUGAUAAAAUGCUAUACACUUUAAGCCUUCUUAUACUUGAAUCGGUUCAGAAGAAAGUUUUGAUCUUUGUUAAUUCAAUUGAUGCAGGUUUCAAGUUGAAACUCUUCCUUGAACAGUUUGGUAUAAGAGCUGCUGUCUUCAAUGCAGAGUUACCACAAAACUCACGGCUUCACAUGCUUGAGGAGUUCAACACAGGCAUGUUUGAUUAUAUGAUAGCAACAGAUGACAGUAAGCCUGCAAACUUUGAGAAGGAACCUGUCAAACAGGUUAUGCAUCCCAUCAAAAGAUCAAAAAAACACCAGAAGAGGGCAUUGGAUUCUGAAUAUGGAGUGGUUAGAGGAAUCGACUUCAAAAAUGUUCAUACGGUCAUAAAUUUUGACAUGCCUCUAAGCACUUCAGGGUAUAUACAUCGCAUUGGAAGAACUGGAAGAGCUAAUAGCACUGGUGAUUCAGUCUCACUUGUCUCUCCAGCAGAAGAAGGUAUGUUCGAAGAAAUUAAAAUGGCUUUGAGUGGUGGUAAGGAUGAAGAUGAAGAGUCUGCCUUGCUGACACAAAAUGAAGUUGAAUGUUUGCGGUAUAGAGCUCAGGAUAUUGCUUAUAGUGUGACCAGAACAGCAGUCAGAGAGGCACGGGCUAAUGAGCUUCGAAAUGAAAUUUUAAAUUCUGAGAGGUUAAAAUCUCAUUUUGAGGACAAUCCAAAAGAUUUGGAUCUAUUGAAACAUGACAAAGCACUGAGCAAGAGGCAACCUUCAUCUUACCUGUGUUCUAUACCAGAUUAUCUUGUAGAUCCUGCCACAGAAGCUGCUAGGAAAGCUGUUAAACUUGCUAGGGGAGCAAUGGCACAAAGUAAACAUAGGAGUUCUGGUUGGCUUAAGAAAAGAAGUGGCAGGAAUGCAGAUCCUUUGAAGACUUUCUUAAUUGAUAGAACAAUAUUUUCUAAAUAUGUUGGCACUAUUUAUUCUUUUGAUCAGUUGAAGAAAGGAUCGUGGAAGUGGAGGUCAAAGAAAAGGACAAUAGAAAAAGUUAAUGACAGAGAAAGACUGAAGAAAAAGCACAGAUGGAGUAAAUAGAAAUUGCUAAGCAUUUGAUAGUGAAUGAGGCUCAACUCAGUAAUUCUACAAAGCUAUGUCUAGGAUUAACACUGGCUUUGUUAAUUUAUUUCUGUUUUUACCUUGAUAGGAAAAUCAAUUACAUUCCGUGCAAUUAUUUUUGAGGUUCCCUAGUUUUGUUAGUCUGCAAGAGGAACCAAUUUUACAGGAUAGAAAGUAGUGAACUUUUUUUGUGAGGUUCGCUGGUCGGGGACUGUAGGUACAAAAUGGAGGUUCACUUUGAAAUGGAAGCUCUGAAGUACUUGUGUCUUUAAAUAAUGUGUACAUUUAAGCUUUUUAUUA